AUGUCUAGCUCAGAUAUACAUUGUUCAACUUCCGAUUCUUCUGAUCCAUCAUUUGGAAGUUCGUCAGAAGAAGGUAUUUAUCUUUUAUAUAUUUUGACACAGCGUGUGUCACACAGGCGAAAAAACUCAAAAUGUGUACACUUUUUACGUGUAAUUACGUGAUUGGAUGGGAUCGGCCGAUUUCUUGAAAAUGAUGACGUCAUCGAAACGUUUCAUUGUCGUGGCAAAUGUCCGCCAUUGCACAUUUUUUUUCUGUUUUUUCGCCUGUGUUCACCUGUGAUCAAGGAUUCCUGUAAAAAAAUAAUGAAAUUUCAGGUGAACCGAAUAUGUUGUCAGAAGGGAGUGAUUUUGUUGUGAUACCUUCAAGUGAAAGUGAUAGUGGAAAUAUUGUAGGGCCACCUCCGAUUGAUUUUUCUGAUGAUGAAGAAUAUCAUAUAAAUCGUAUGUUUUUUUUUUGAAUUUUUUUCCACGCAUUUGAGCAUAUUGAAAAUAAUCAAAUCCAACCCCUCAUCUACCUGGAAUUUUUCUGAGAAAUUUUAACGAAACAAAAAAUUCAAUAAACGUUUUGAUGAAGUUCAAAUAACGUUUUUGAAAAAUAUAGAACAUUUUUUCUAGUUUUUGUAUUUUUUCUGAAAUAAAGAUGAGCAAGGAAUAUUAUGUUGCAUGUUCGCUCCACCGAGAAAAUGUCUCCCCCAAACAUUUUUUCACCGUAAUAAUUAUUUUGUGGUGUGUUUUGUGUAACAGUCCUUUUCGCAAUAUAAAUUGGCUCAGUUUCUCUAUGAAAACCAUUUUUUUUCCUUUUCCUGAAUCGAUAUUAAUAUUCCUAUUUUUAGAUAUGAAUUCUGACUCGGAUAACGACGAAUACGAUCCAAAUUUUGAUGCAGCAGCAUAUUAUGAAGCUGUACCUGAUAAUAUUUAUUCGGGAAAUGUUGUAAAUGAAGAAGAUCAAUUGAAUUUGAAUGAUUAUACCGAUCAAAAUAUCAAGGUUAGUUUUUAUCAGAAAUAUAGUUGCUCUUUAUGAACACUGUCAAACUAUAGAAAAAACUUCAGUCUCUGCUUUCUUCGAUUUUGUUGUCGGAUGGAAGUAAAGCAAAAAUUGGAUAUACCGCUGAAGAAGUUUCGUUCAUGGCUGAGUAAGUUUAGUUUAUUUAGAUAUUCAAAUUAAUAAAAGUAAUCCAAUCAAUUUUUCUAUUUAAAGAAAAAUGCUCCAAUUGAAUUUAUCACAAAUCACUCAAAUAUUGAUGGGAUCAAAUUGUUUGGAAAGUCUUGCAACAAAAUCGAAAGUUGAUAUGGCACAUGAUCUGGUUCAGAAUAAUUGGUUGAUAUUCAAUGAUGGAAAAUUUUUGUAAGAAUUUCGUUUUUUUUUAAAUUUCAGCGAAAUAUUUUUUUCAGCCCGAAAAUAGACCAUAGUCAAACUGAAAUUGUGAAACAAAUUAUAAGAGGAGCUGAAGCUGAGUUAGUAUUUUGAAAAACAUUUCAAAGUUACAAAAAUUCGAAAUCAAAACAUCUUUUUGUUUCCAGACAACGUCGAGUGGAGCAAAACAAAAAAGUUACCGCUGAAUUCGAAUCCGCAGAAAUUGAAAUUCGUGCUAUGAAGGUUUGAGAUUUAUCGAAUGUAUCGAAUGCUUAAUUACUUUUUACAGACUUAUAACUAUUUGAUUGCCCUCAUUUCACGUGUUUGCAAUGAUCGUGGCAGAGGCUUGGUGAGAUUUUGAAAAAAAAGGAUGUUUUUAAGCUUAUCAAAAUUCAUUUUUACAGGUUUCAUAUCAAAUGUUGAUUGAUGCACAUAAUGAGAUAUUAGAAGGCACAAAUUACAAUGAUAUUUCUCAAAAAUUUGUAGAGAAACUUAAUUUGAAAGAUCAUGGUGCUUGGAGUGCAGAUUGGUUCAAACAUUUCACAAGUCGAAGCUCUCUCAAAAAAUUCGUCAAAAUGUCACAAUUUUCUGGAAUUAAAACGGAUUUGAUUGAAAAUAAGCCAAUGUUUGGUCUCCGAGACACAGCAAAACUUUUUGGAAAUGAGGAUUUUGCGAACGUUCGACAAAAAUGGACGAUUCCGGAUGAUCGAAAAAAUCGAAAUUAUUCGAGAGAUCAAAGACAACCUCGGAGAAAAACAGAAGAAGAACCAGAUGAGAAUUAUGAGCCAAGAAAUUUCAAAUUUGAUGACAGUGAUGAUGAUUAUGAAGAAGAUCGAAACCGGAAUCGAAAUCAAUCAAAUCAACCCCCUGCACGUUUUAUUGGUUCUGCUUUCGGUGGACCACCAAUUCAGCCAGCUGAAAAAAAUCCAGUCAAAGAUGAACCGUCAAAGAAACUAACAAAUUGUGUUGAAAAUACUUCUUCGACUCGUCAAGUUUCAUCUAAUGAUGUUGAUCUUGAUUUACAAGAAUAUUUGACAAGCAGUGAUGAUACUGGUGGAUUUUUUUCUGAUGACAGUGAUGCAACAAAGCAACAAAAAACUCAAGUUUGUUAAAAUUUUAAAAUUCAGAUUUUAUAUUAUUGAUUUUUCUAUUUUUUUCAGCAAUAUGAAAGAAAGAAGGAUGAAAAAGAAAGAAAGAAACUUUUACGGAAAGAGAAGGGAGAAGAGAAAAAACAAGCGGCUCCGCCAGUUCGAGGUAAUUUUAAACGAAAAACUGUUGCUGAAAUUUCUAUCUUCUGAUUUUCAAUUUUUCAGCUUUCCUGUCUGCAUGGGGUAGUUCCGAUAAUGAAGAAACAAUCGAAAAUAAUUCUUCAAACAACACUAAAAAGUCAUAUGCAUCAACAUCUGCUUUGCCUGUAACUUCAGUUAAUUCUGAUGUACGAGAUUAUAUCCUAAACUUUUAUCUCGAAAACAAUUCAUUUUUUCAGUCAAAUCUUCUUGGAAAAUCGACAAGACCUCAAGUUCCACACGAACCAUCUGGAGUUCAGUUACAAAAGAAUCGCGAAGAAGAAGGCGAAAUUUCGAGAAGAAGAAUGAAUCAAAAAAGAGAAGAAGAAAAUGAGGAUGUUGAUGAAAAAACGAAGGAAUAUGGAAGAAGACAGAAAAAACAAAGGGAAGAGGAUAAGAAAAAAAUUCUUGAAGAAGAACGAAUUGUACGAGAGAAUGAAGAAAGAAAACGAAAAGAAAUUGAAGAAAAAAAACGACAAGAAAAGGAAGAUGAAGAAUUUGCCAGAAAAGUUCAAGAUGAAGAAAAGGGAUUGAGAACAUGGGAUGGAAAUGAUUAUGAUAGACAGUAAGAUUAGUUAUCAUGUUAUUUAAUAACUCUUCAUUUUCAGUCAUUUCGAACCACCUCAAACUGGAAAAUUUGGCUCAAGCAGGUAUUCAUAUUUGUUAGUUUCAUAAAAUAUUUUUUGAAUUUCAUUUUUUGCAGACAAGAUUAUGAUCCAUCUCCUCCAUUGAUUUCUGAAAGAGGGUUAGUUGUUUAUUUUCCAGUUUUUCAAUAAAAAUUGGAAAUGUUUACAGAUCUACUUCAAGACAUCAUUCAUCAAGAUAUGAAGAUACACAGUCCGUUUUUUUUCAAUUUAUCAAGAGAUGGUGCGAAUGUGAUUUCCCAUUGGGGGAUACUUAGAUCAAUUUUUCCUAACAAGCAGAUAUUUAGUUUCCAUAAGUUUCAUCCAUAUUUCUCUAUAAUUUCUCCAAAUUUUUUAUUGGAAAAGGAUUCAAAAUUUGGGACGUUUUGAUAAUUUUAGUAAAAUACGGCUUUGGACAGAAACAAUUCUUAGUGUAAUCACAAUAAGUAGUUUUUUCCCUAAUUUUACCUAUUCAAUAUAUUUCCAGAAAUCAUGGUUCAUCUCGUCAACAUCCAACUGAAAUGAGGUAGGGUUCUGGAAAUAUAAUUUCCAUUUUCACUCAAAAUUCUCAAAACCUUAUAGAGAUCAACAUCGUCGCGAUAAUUAUACUCCAUCAAAUCGGUGAGUUAAAUUGUUUUUUUUCCUUCUUGACCAAAAUCGGUUUGUUUUCAGCAGUCGCCGUGUUUCUCCGGAUUUUGAACCAAAAGCGUUUCAUUCUUAUGUUCCUCAAAAUCAUCAAGUGCAUCGUCCACAACCGACACAUGGAAAUGAUAGGGUUUGUUUUUUUCAUGGAACACUAAAUAAUUGAAACUCUGUUUUAGUAUUUCGCGGAUUAUUCAUCGUCUUCAUAUCCUGCUCAAUAUAAUCCACAAAAUUAUUCUCAACCACCAAUUCGUCAAUCUGUAACGAAUAAUCGAUGCGGUAAGAGAUUCAAUGUUCAUCUUCCCGCUAAUUAUAUUUAAAUAUUUAGGUUCGACUUCUUCAAAUCAAGGUUUUGGAAGUUUCGCUGCAGAAAGAGAUCGGUUUGUUUGUUGAUUUUCUUCAUUUUAAUAAUAAAACGUACUUCAGAGUUCACGCGAAUAUGAGUCGGAAUUCAAAUUUUCACGAUGGUUUGGAAGCCCUUCGAGAUAGGAUUCAUUCAUUCAUCAUUUAUCAUUAUAAACAUAAUGAAGUUGUAACCGAAAAUUAUUUUUAUCAAACAUAUCCAUAUAGACUCCCAGAAGGAUUCAAUUUUCAUGAUUUUGUUUUAUCAAAUAUGAAAGAUCUAAUUAUUAUCAGAGGCAACGGAUCCUUGAAAGUUUACGAUCCAUUAUUCUAA